AUGGUAGGAGAAUAAGUGCCUGAGUUCUGAAGUUCAGUUCAGUGAACUGAGGUUACCUUCUAGCGCCAGGAGUCAUGGUUCUAAUCAGGUUCCUUUCAGUACCUGUACCUCCUGUUAUUUGAAGGAAAUAAGUGGGAAGAAAUAGGUUUUAAAUUUUAUUUAAAAGCUGAAAUAUUGGGGUGCCUAGGUGGCUCAGUUGGUUUAGUAUCUGAUGUCGGCCUCAAAGGGCCAUGGACCUGGGGUGGCGAAGGAACUGAGAAAAAGAGACAACAGUAUAGUGAGGCACAGGGGACCCGGAGCCAACAGCCCUAGGUACCGAGGUUUAUUGUACAUCUUCUUAUAUACGUUUUCAGGAAAAACAGAUCAGCAAUGAUUAACAACAGAAAGCUUAGCAAAGCAUGUCAAUGGUGUACAUCUGAUUCAGCUAUCGUACAUGUAUGUUGUGUACGAGAGCAGCCUUGCAGAUACAUAUGUUCCGGUUGUAAGAGGAGUCAUGUCAGAAGAAACAGUAAGCGAAUCACAGUUUUCCUUGAAGACUGCAGUACUAAGAGUGUUUGAUCUUCCUCUGUCUUGGUACUAUUCUCUCUCCCAGAUAAGAUUUUCACCAGUAGCAAAAAAGCUGUUUGUGGUAACUGCAGUGAGUGCCGUAUCUGUAAUUUUUCUGGCCCGUCACUUUAAAAGAAGACGUGGAAAGAAGAAAGGAAAAAUAUUACCAUGGGAACCAGAGCACCUCAUACUUGAAUACACUAAAAGAGCAGCAUCAGACAAAGGUUCAAGUUGUUCCAGUAGUAGACAAAAUUUGACAUUAUCUUUAAGUUCUGCCAAAGACAAAGGAUCUCAGUCUUGUAACUAUGCUAAUGGAGGACUUUUCAGUAAAUACUCAGGUUCUGCACAGAGUUUAGCCUCCGUCCAGAGCGUCAAUUCUUGUCAUAGCUGUGCUUGUGGCAAUUCUAACUCCUGGGACAAAGCAGAUGAAGAUGAUGUUAAACUUGUUAAUAUUCCUGUGACCACUCCUGAGAACUUAUACUUGAUGGGUAUGGAAUUGUUUGAAGAGGCGCUACGUCGAUGGGAGCAGGCUCUCACCUUUCGAAAUAGACAGGCUGAAGAUGAAGCCUGUAGUUCCAUUAAAUUGGGUGCAGGAGAUGCCAUUGCUGAAGAAAGUGUAGAUGAUAUUAUUAGUACUGAAUUUAUCCAUAAACUUGAAGCUCUCCUGCAAAGAGCGUAUCGUCUCCAAGAGGAGUUCGAAGCUACCCUGGGGGCAUCUGAUUCUAAUUCCCUUGUUAAUGAUAUCGAUAAAGAUACAGAUGUCACCAUGAAGGGGAAUGUGGAUGAAUUUGGCCUGCGAGACACCUUGAGCGUCGCAUCAACUGAUUCCUUUGCUUCAGUAGCAGAGCUUGCAGAACACCGAGAAGCACGGCACACCUACAGUCUAGAGUCUCUUUGCCACUGCCCUUUUUAUGAAGAAGCCAUGCAUUUAGUUGAAGAAGGGAAAAUUUACUCGAGAGUGCUUAGAACUGAAAUGUUGGAGUGCCUAGGAGACAGUGAUUUUCUUGCCAAACUUCACUGUAUUCGACAGGCUUUUCAGGUAAUACUUUCGGAAACAGCCAACAGGAUAUUCCUUGCUGAGAGUGGAAGGAAAAUUUUGUCAGCAUUAAUUGUGAAAGCACGAAAGAAUCCAAAGAAGUUUGAAGAUGUUUUUGAUGAGAUGAUCUAUUUUUUAGAGCAGACUGAUCACUGGGAUAGUACUGAAAUGGAACUUGCUGCUAGAGGAGUGAAAAAUCUAAAUUUUUAUGAUGUUGUUCUGGAUUUUAUAUUAAUGGAUUCCUUUGAAGAUUUAGAAAACCCACCCACAUCCAUACAGAAUGUAGUAAAUAAUCGCUGGCUAAACUCCUCCUUCAAAGAAACUGCUGUGGCUUCAAGUUGUUGGUCAGUGCUGAAACAGAAAAGGCAACAGAUGAAGAUCCCAGAUGGAUUUUUUGCCCAUUUUUAUGCCAUUUGCGAGCAAAUCAGCCCUGUCCUAGCCUGGGGCUUUUUGGGUCCUAGAAAUUCUCUCUAUGAUUUAUGUUGCUUCUUUAAGAAUCAAGUUCUUUUCUUUCUCAAAGACAUUUUUGACUUCGAGAAGGUGCGCUAUUCCAGUAUAGAGACUUUGGCCGAAGACCUCAUGCAGUUACUUAUUCGCCGCACUGAACUCUUACUGGCCUAUCUUGGGGCUGAUGCACUGAGGCAUACAAGUAGUUGUAUAAGUAGUCAUGGUCAUGUUAUGUCCAGUGGCCUGUUGGAAGCCAAAGUACAAUAAGUACCAUAAAAACCAUACAACUUGAGUGUGCUAUGAAAUAUUUAAGGUAACUAUUGAUUUUGUAACACACGUUAUAAGGAAUUGGAGGAUAUGGACUCAGGGAGAGAAAAGAAAAUCUAGGAAAGAACGAGUGAUCCUACUAUAUUUACACAGAAGUUCUGUCAUUGAAUCCCUGUGUACUGUACCCAAAAUGAUGUUUUCUAGUCUUUAGGUAAUAAUUCAAGUGUGGUGAAAUGUUGUAUAUUUUACAGAAAUACUGCUUGAAUUGAAAUCAGUAUUUGGGAGUUAAUUGAUAUGUCGUCUUGAAGCUGUCUGCAAUGUCCAGUAUCAUUUUCAAAAGCUCUGUUUUUAUGCUUUGCACCUUGAAAAUAUACACUUUAGCCAAGACCUUUGUGGCCCACAUACGUAAGAAUAUAUUACUCCUUGUGUCAACAAGUUUAACUUUGCCUGAAAAUGUAUUUUUCAUUGUAAAGUUAUUCAUUGUUUAAUCAAGUUUGGGCAGUAGUGGUGUUUAAUAUGUACUGCUUACAUUAUUGCUUGUGCAUUCGCUUAUGUUUGAAUCAAAGAAAUUGUCAUGGCUAUCUCAUAAAACACUUAAAUGAAUUGACACUGAGAAGUUUACAUUAGAUUUACUGCAGUUUCCAAAAUAUAUUAUUGUUGGGCCUAUAAGUUAGAAUAGAGACUGAAGAAAUUUCUUUUAUCUUUUUAUAGAUUAGAGCAUUUUCCUUUGAAUGAAUAUUGAUUAAAAAGAUAACAUUUAUUAACUGUGAGAGGUAAUUAAGAUUUUUUGUGUGUGUAGUUUUGAGACUAUCUCCCAGUGAAUAUCUGAAGGUAUUAAUCUGGAUACAGUAAAAUAAUUUCUCCUUUCUCCUUCUACAUAGCAUACUGGGGGUUUGUCAUAUUAUGCCCCUAUUUUUAAAAUAUUCAUACUUUGAAUCUUAGUGAGGUCUUAAAGGUUUUUUUCCCCCUGAGUUGAACAAAAUAUUUUUUAAUGGCAUGGAAGUAUAUUUCAUGUCCUUUAUGAUAACUAGAUGAACAAAUGGCUUGUUCAUAUGAGGGGUUCUUCAGGGUAUAUUAGAUACAUUCAGAGCUGUAUUAAUUUUGUGUCUAAAUCAUAUACCACUUAUUUAAAGUGGCUCACUCAGCAAAUCAAUGGAUUGGGAUUCAUUGAUUAUGCUCCUGAGAUGGGCUUUAUUUAUUUUAGGAGUGAGUUACCCAGAAAGAUCUAAAGUAUAUUUUUUAAAAAUGAAUUUUUAGAUUAAAGUGCCUAGUUUCUGAUUAAUGAGUAGAAAAUGAAAAGUGAGGAGGAAAGCAUAAUCUUUUAAGGUUUUAAAUUUACAUAUGUGCCAUAUUUAUGUAAUAUUGGUUAUGAAAUAUGAGUUUCAGAAUCUUUAUGCUGUUUUCAUGUUACUGUGUUCCAUAAUAUGUGGGUUAGAGCGUUAAACAGUAUGAAAUAUUGCUCUGAUAUUCAGCUCCUGACCUUUCUUACAUAUAUUUGUAAUUUAACAAUUGGCUAUUCAUAACUUUUAUUAUUGAUGGAGGAAUAUCAUUAGAAGUAUCAAAACUAAAAAUUCCAUUAUGUGUUGUUUUAUUUUUUAAUUCAUCUCUUGUAUUUUUAGUUUCUUGUUGAGGUACCCCUGGCCUCGAAUGAUUCACACACACACGUGUAUACACACACACACACACACACACACACACACACACACUCCCAUCAUUGUGUAGACAGGACAAUUAUUGCUUAUAUUAAUCUUCCUGUUUACGGGGGGAGGGGGAGGCUAACUGUUCUAAGCUGUGAUGUUACAAACAAAGCUAGAAGUAAACUUAAUUACUUUUUUAGUUGAGGAAGAUAUUAUUUUAAACCUAUUUUGAAGAAUUGCACUAUUUAAUAAUGCUGCUAUUACAUAAGAUGACUCUGGGGAAUUUAUUUCAUCAGAUAAGAUGAAUAGCUUUCCAGAAGGUGUUUUAUCUUCUCUUUUACUUUUCACCUUAAAAAAAAAAAAAAAAAAAAAAAAAAAGCCACCCAUAUUCAAGAGGUUGGUUUCUCAAAAUCAGUGAGUUUGAUUAGUUUCUGGUCAGCUGUGUAGCUACUAUUUUAGCAAAAUGCUUCUUUGUGGCCUUUGAUGAAAGAGACAAGAGUGACCAAGUAGAACUUCAGGGUAGUAAGUAUAGGAAAAACCUCUCUAUUGUAAGGGAAGAAACUUGAACUUUUUAAAAGAAACAUCUCUCAAAAACAGUUUCUGACCACAGAAGAGUGCUUAACACGUAUGUACCAGUUUCAGUUUGCCUUGAUAUAGGGGUAAACAGCUAAAACAAUGUUGUAAUAAUAAAAAAGGAUUAAACUAGUCUAGAGCCUCUUAGGAAGGAACCCUGUUUGACACUUAACAUUGCCAUCAUGAGUCCUACUAACAUCCACUCCCCUGUGUAUGUGAUAAGAGGGCCUUGAAAUCAUCCUGAGAAAAUGGCUUUUUCUUCCUGUUUUCUGGAAGAAAAAAGAUCAGUCAGUGUUCAGGUGAUUUAUAUUUGCUAACUUUUUUUCUAUUUUGGUUUCUCUAUGUUUUUGUUCAACUAAAAGUCUAGUUACUUCUUCUCGAAGGCUUAUAAUACAUUUAUUAAAUAUCAAACUGACAUUACUUUUUUAUUUAAAAGAAGCCAAGUUUUUCAUCCUGUUACAGUCCACUUCAAAAAACUUUCUCUCAGAAAAAAGUACUGUUUAUUUGCAUCCCUUUAUUUUGAUUCUAUUGUUAAAUUAUCUGACUUUAUAAAAAAAAUAUUUACAAACUGUCUCUUGCCUUAAGAUGUAACAUGUUCACACCUGAAACUAAUGCAACAUUGUGUGUCAACUAUGUUUCAAUUAAAAAAAAAAAAGAGGUCACGUUUUCUACUUAAAUGAUUACCUAAAGAGUGAUUAUUUGCAUCACAAAAGAAUUAGUUUAUUAUCCUUUUAAACAUUGAAAUAGGAAUGCCAAAGUAACAUUUAAUAUACUUCUCUGUGACCUUUCAUAAUCAGAAAUUUCUAAUUAUGUUCAUGACAUAAUUUGCUUUUAUUUUAAUAUGAACACAUAUAGGAAAUUAUUUGGAGUAUAUCUUUCAAAGUAAUUAUAAGAAUGAGGCUGAAUUCAAAUCUUUUGUUUUUUGCUUGGAUUAAUCAUAUUUAGAAAUUUCUCUGGGACUCAAGAAUUUAUAUAAUCUAUGAUUAAUGGAAAUAGGGGCAUUCUUUCUUUGUUCCUAAUGAUUCUAUUGUGUUAUUGUUUUGCUUAGUUUGAGAACAACCAUGUAUUAUCUUUACUUGGCUGAUAUUAGUAAAUGUGUCUAUUUCCUAAAUGUAAGGACUGUACUUACUAAUUUAUGUAAAAGUGAAACACUACUGUAGCAGAAAAAAAUUGUACCGGCUCUUUAGCCAAAAUAAGCUCUGUAACAUGGAUGUAUUUCUACUACUGCCAAAUAAAAAACUGACGGUACAUCUUA